AUGCCUCCAACCACUACAACAGCUUCUCCAACCACUACAACACCUGCUCCAACAACAACUAUAUCUGCUCCUACCAUAACUACAUCUGCUCUAACCACAACUACAGCAGCUCCAACCACAACUACAUCUGCUGCUCUCACCACAACUACAUCUGUUCUGACCACAACCACAGCUGCUCCGACCACAACAACAGCUGCUUCGACCACUACAACAGCUGCUCCAACUACCAGUACAACUGCUCCAACCACUACAACAGAUGAUCCAACCACAACUACAUCUGCUCCAACCACAAAUACAGCUGCUCCAACCACAACUACAGCUGCUCCGACCACAACUACAGCUGCUCAAACCACUACAACAGAUGCUCCAACAACUACAACAGAUGCUGCAACUACAACUACACCUGCUCCAACCACAACUACUGCUGCUCCAACCACAACAACUACAGCUGCUCAAACCCCAACUACAGCAGCUCCAACCACAACUACAGCUGCUCCAACCACAACUACAGCUGCUCCGACCACAACUACAGCUGCUCAAACCACUACAACAGAUGCUCCAACAACUACAACAGAUGCUGCAACUACAACUACACCUGCUCCAACCACAACUACUGCUGCUCCAACCACAACAACUACAGCUGCUCAAACCCCAACUACAGCAGCUCCAACCACAACUACAGCUGCUCCAACCACCACCACAACAGAUGCUCCAACCACCACAAUAGAUGCUCCAACCACUACAACUGCUGCUCCAACCACAACUACAGCUGCUCCAACCACUACAACUGCUGCUCCAACCACAACUACAGCAUCUCUAACCACAACUACAGCAGCUCCUACCACAACUAAAUCUGCUCCUACCACAACUACAUCUGCUCCAAUCACAACUACAUCUGCUGCUCUGACCACAACUACAUCUGCUGCUCCAACCACAACUACAGCUGCUCCAACCACAACUACAGCUGCUCCGACCACAACUACAGCUGCUCAAACCACUACAACAGAUGCUCCAACAACUACAACAGAUGCUGCAACUACAACUACACCUGCUCCAACCACAACUACUGCUGCUCCAACCACAACAACUACAGCUGCUCAAACCCCAACUACAGCAGCUCCAACCACAACUACAGCUGCUCCAACCACCACCACAACAGAUGCUCCAACCACCACAAUAGAUGCUCCAACCACUACAACUGCUGCUCCAACCACAACUACAGCUGCUCCAACCACUACAACUGCUGCUCCAACCACAACUACAGCAUCUCUAACCACAACUACAGCAGCUCCUACCACAACUAAAUCUGCUCCUACCACAACUACAUCUGCUCCAAUCACAACUACAUCUGCUGCUCUGACCACAACUACAUCUGCUGCUCCGACCACAACUACAGCUGCUCCAACCACAACAACAGCUGCUCCGAGCACUACAACAACUCUGCUCCGACCCAGCUCCUACCACAACUACAUCUGCUCCUACCACAACUACAUCUGCUCCAAUCACAACUACAUCUGCUGCUCUGACCACAACUACAUCUGCUGCUCCGACCACAACUAUAGCUGCUCCAACCACAACAACAGCUGCUCCGAGCACUACAACAACUGCUCCAACCGCUACAACAGAUGCUGCUCAAACCCCAACUACAGCAGCUCCAACCACAACUACAGCUGCUCCAACCACCACCACAAUAGAUGCUCCAACCACCACAACAGAUGCUCAAACCACUACAACUGCUGCUCCAACCACAACUACAGCUGCUCCAACCACUACAACUGCUGCUCCAACCACAACUACAGCAUCUCUAACCACAACUACAGCAGCUCCUACCACAACUACAUCUGCUCCUACCACAACUACAUCUGCUCCAAUCACAACUACAUCUGCUGCUCUGACCACAACUACAUCUGCUGCUCCGACCACAACUACAGCUGCUCCAACCACAACAACAGCUGCUCCGACUACCAGUACAACUGCUCCAACCGCUACAACAGAUGGUCCAACCACUACAACAGCUGCUCAAACCACAACUACAUCUGCUUCAACCACAACUACAGCUGCUCCGACCACAACAACAGCUGCUCCGACCACUACAACAGCUGCUCCGACCACAACUACAGCAGCUCCAACCACUACAACUGCUGCUCCAACCACAACUACAGCAUCUCUAACCACAACUACAGCAGCUCCUACCACAACUACAUCUGCUCCUACCACAACUACAUCUGCUCCAAUCACAACUACAUCUGCUGCUCUGACCACAACUACAUCUGCUGCUCCGACCACAACUACAGCUGCUCCAACCACAACAAAAGCUGCUCCGAGCACUACAACAACUGCUCCAACCGCUACAACAGAUGGUCCAACCACUACAACAGCUGCUCAAACCACAACUACAUCUGCUUCAACCACAACUACAGCUGCUCCGACCACAACAACAGCUGCUCCGACCACUACAACAGCUGCCUGCUCAAACCCCAACUACAGCAGCUCCAACCACAACUACAGCUGCUCCAACCACCACCACAACAGAUGCUCCAACCACCACAACAGAUCAUCUCUAACCACAACUACAGCAGCUCCUACCACAACUACAUCUGCUCCUACCACAACUACAUCUGCUCCAAUCACAACUACAUCUGCUGCUCUGACCACAACUACAUCUGCUGCUCCGACCACAACUACAGCUGCUCCAACCACAACAACAGCUGCUCCGACUACCAGUACAACUGCUCCAACCGCUACAACAGAUGGUCCAACCACUACAACAGCUGCUCAAACCACAACUACAUCUGCUUCAACCCCAACUACAGCUGCUCCGACCACAACAACAGCUGCUCCGACCACUACAACAGCUGCUCCAACUACCACUACAACUGCUCCAACCACCACAACAGAUGA